UUUCUCUUUUUCUUUUAUACACAAAAAAACCAUACCAAUGCUUGCAUCAGAAAUAAAUAUACCCGCACCUCCUUCUAAAGUUGAUUUUCUUAUUGUGGGUGGUGGGCCUGUUGGUUUAUUGGCUGCCAAUCUUAUUGUCCAAGCUGGCUUAACCGUCCGUAUUCUUGAUAUUGAAUACGAACCUAGCCAUUGGGGACGUGGUGACUGGAUCCAUGGUCGCACACUUGAAUUGUUAGAAAGAGCAGGUUUAGAAACCGAAUUAAUAAAAACAGGUGUCAAGGUUGAAAAAAUGUCUUCUUACAUGAACGGUAAACUUCAAAAGGAGAUCCCUUUUGUGCCUGAAGACACCGAAUCCAAGCAUGAAUAUCUACUUUGCGUUGGUCAACAUAUCACCGAAUCCAGUCUUCAAAGUCAAUUAUCCGAGCAUGAUGUCCAGGUAGAACGUCCUGCUACCGUCGUCAGUAUGGACCGUGAGAAUGAAGGUGAAUACCCUAUUACAGCAACAGUCAUGCAUUUACAAGAAGGUAAAGGAUCAGAAGAGGUACAGUGCAAGUAUGUUUUGGGUUGUGAUGGCGCUCAUAGUGAUAUUCGUCAACAAUUGGGCAUCACAAAUGAAGGUGAAACAAGUGAAACACAUGCUGGUGUAUUAGAUGCUUUAAUCAGAACCAACUUCGCUAGUAGAAAAGAAGUUUGUAUUGUUCAAAGUGAUCAUGCCAAAACAAUCAGUAUGUUCCCCCGUGAAAAUGGCUUAACCCGUAUCUUUGUGCACUUUAACGAAGAUGAGCAUGAACAAAGAAAAGAACAACACAACAGAAAUAAGAUUCAAAUGGAAGAUAUUCAACGUGAAGCUAAAAGAGCCUUAUUGCCUCAUCGUAUCGAGUUCUUGGGUAUUCUUUAUUGGUCCAUCUAUGUCGUUGGUCAACGUUAUGCUUCUAGAUUGGAUUCCGAAGAUAGACGCGUGUUCUUGUGUGGUGAUGCUGCUCAUUCUCAAAGUCCUACACUUGGCCAGGGUGUCAAUACUGGUUUUGGUGACAUUUUUAACUUGAUUUGGAAAGUUUGUAUGGUUGAAAAGGGUCAGUUAAAUCGAAAGUUCUUAUCGACAUACCAUUCCGAAAGAUGGGGAGUUGCCCAACAAGUUCUGAGUAUUGAUAAAACAGCAGCCAAAGCAGCUGCAGGUCAUGAAGCUGCUGACUAUUGUGAUGUGGUAGAAAAGAAUCGAUUAUUCACGGCUGGUUACGGAAUCAAAUACGAAUAUAAUUCAGAGGAUGAGCAAUCUCUCAUGUGGUUGUCCGGAAAUGAGUCAAAAGAUUAUGUGAUGCAACCCGGUAUGCGUGCUCCCAACUACAAGGUCUUUGGCUAUGUCUCUGGUAAAAAGACUCGUUUGUUUGAUGCCGUCGUCAAGAACUCACAAGUGCCCAGCUGGUUGACUUUUACCUUGUUUGUAUUAGCCCAUGAUUUAAGAUCCACUCAUGAUAUCGUUUCCAAGUUUUUGAAUGAAACUGCAAAAGCAAAUACAUUAUUACCUCCUACAAAUGUCGUGGUGGUUACUACAAGUACUGCAGACCAGGUUGCCAAUUACAAGAGUUUAUUAGAUAGCGAACGUGUGGUUAUUGAUAAAUUAAAUCAAGCACAAUGCCAUAGAGCAUAUCACCGUAAACAUGAUGCAACCAUCAAGAAUCAUUCCGAAGGUGAACAAGUGCAUGUUGUUCUUGUCCGACCUGAUGGAUACAUUGGCACCAUCAUUCGUGGAGAUGAUGGGCUUUCGCUCAGUAACAAAGUUUGCCAAUAUUUUUCAAAUAUAGUAUAGAAAUCUUCUUUUUUCUUCCUUGAUACAUCAUAAUAAAUUUACACACAUUUUUAGACUUU